AUCAGCGCGGGCACCGUUCUGGCCCCGCGGCCUCGCGGCCCCGUCGCCACUCCGGCUCCUCGUCCUCCUCCCGCAUCGCCUUUGUGUGUUACUUGCAGCCCUCCUCGCUUGCUGGGAUCCCCAGAUCCGUCGCGUUACUCUUCGCAGCCCAGUGCCAAUCUGCCACUGCGACUUUGGCCUGCGCGCUCUCUCUCUCUCUCUCUCACUCAACCUGCUAGACACCAUGUCCACUGCUGCUGUGUUCAACGGGGAUGAGGUCGCCCCCUUUUUUGGCUUCAUUGGAGCUGCAGCUGCCCUCGUUUUCUCAUGCAUGGGCGCUGCAUAUGGAACAGCCAAGAGUGGAGUGGGAGUGGCAUCCAUGGGUGUGAUGCGGCCCGAGCUGGUGAUGAAGUCGAUCGUGCCAGUGGUCAUGGCUGGAGUGUUGGGUAUCUACGGGCUGAUCAUUGCCGUGAUCAUCAGCACGGGCAUCAACCCGAAGUCGAAGGCUUACUACGUGUUUGACGGCUACGCGCAUCUUUCUUCGGGAUUGUCUUGCGGGUUGGCAGGACUGUCGGCAGGCAUGGCCAUCGGUAUCGUUGGAGAUGCUGGUGUGAGGGCGAAUGCUCAGCAGCCGAAGCUGUUCGUGGGGAUGAUCCUGAUCCUCAUUUUCGCUGAGGCGCUUGCCUUGUAUGGACUGAUCGUCGGCAUUAUCUUGUCUUCCCGUGCUGGACAAUCGCGAGCCGACUAGAGUCGCACCAGGAUGAGCUUACUGUUUUGUUUGUAACCUUGAUGUGGCUAGUGUGAGAUUACUCAGUCUGAGCUAUGGUACGUGGAGUUUGUAGAUGAUGCUCCUUGCAGUGCAGCUGCAUCACAAGUUAUGAACGAUUAUUUAGAUGUAUACAGACUUAUUGUUGUACACUGUUGAUAAAGAAUCGGAUGUUUCAAGUUGAAUUAUUGAACAUCUACUGCCGUUAAUUAAUCAUAUAAUCUAACUGUAACGACCAGUAGAAUUUUACGAAGUGAAGCAAUAAGAUCGAGAGAUAAGAGAAUAUGUAUACUAGGAUUGGUUAGAAUACUACGAAACUACGACUGUUUGGAACACUAGCUUUGAGCCCGGCCAGGAGAGAAUUCGUGGGUUUGAUGCAAGGCAUCUAGUCGAUAAUGUGCAAGAGUUGGAGUUUUCAGACUGCAUGUGGUUCAUGUUGUUUCCGGCGUAUUACCUGCUUCCAAGGGCCUGGUAAUCAUAUCAAUUUAUGCUCUCCUUCCAAUCCA